AUGAUCAGCAUCGUUUUCAUUAUAUCUACAAUCGAGAAUAUAAAAUAUGCUAUUGUUAGCUUAGGCGUCUACAUAGUCUUAACAUGUAUCUACCGCGUCUACUUCCACCCGCUCUCCUCAUACCCCGGUCCUGUAUCCUAUAAGCUCAGUGGCUGGCCUCUUCUAUGGCAAGCUUACACGGGUGACCGACACAUCCACCAUCUUCUUGAUCAUAAGAAGUAUGGAUCUGUAGUCCGCAUUUCUCCAAACGCGCUCUCCUUCAAUACCGCUUCUGCGCUCCAUACUAUUUACGCACCGCGCCCCGCCAACACGAGGAAAGGAGAGUGGUACAAGACUUUUGAUAUAGCAGCUGGCACGUAUAGUAGCUUCACAGAGACUGAUAGGGAGAAACAUGCUGCGAAGAGGAGGUGGGUGGGACCCAUUUUCUCGUCGGAAAGCCUGAAGCUGAAUGAAGAGAAGGUGCUUAGAAUUAUAGAACAAUUCUGUGAGACGUUAGAGUUUGGGCGGGAUGGUGCGAAAGAAAAGGUUGGUGGCUGGGGCGAGAAAUGGAAUGCUAGUGAGAUGAGUACGUAUCUCGGAUUCGACAUCAUGGGAGCACUCGUAUUCGGGAGUGAGUUCGGAACUGUAGAAAAGGAGAUAGAUAGACCAUUGGCGAACUCGGUCUUACCAGCGAGCAUGCUGAUGUACUGGAUAUCAUAUCUGCCUCCAGCAUACCUCGUUCGACCUCUCCUACGAACUAGGUUAUUCGAGGCAUUAGGCGGUAAGUCUGUUACAGACAAUAACCGCUUGAUCGAUUACGGGGCCAUGCAGGUUCAACUUCAGCAGUCGCAGGCCAAGACAGAGAGAAAUACCAACUCUCAGCGAGUAGACUUUCUUUCGCGUCUAGUCAAAACCGAAGAUAAGAAGACAGGUUGGCAUCCCUCGGCUGCGGAUCUGGGUACCGAAAGCCUGAACUUGAUCAAUGCCGGAGCCGAUCCCUUUAGUGGUGUCCUUGCUGGAGCGAUCUUCUAUCUUGUGCAUAAUCCUAAUGCGCUUCGUAGAGCUACACAAGAAGCAAGAUCUACCUUUCUCUCGCCAUCCGAAAUUGUCAAUGGUCCAGCGCUAAAUGGCUGCGCUUACCUCUACGCGGUCAUCGAAGAGACGCUCCGUCGCACUGCACCAGUACCCAGUCACCUUCCACGCAUCGUCUUGGAGGGGGGUAUGGAGAUUGAUGGCAUUCAUAUCCCAGCUGGGACAACAGUAGGUGUACCAAUGUAUGCCCUACACAACGACCCAACUCACUUCCCUGCACCCUUCACUUUCCUACCCGAGCGUUGGAUUGAGUCACCUUCCAACCCUGCUUCCUCCAUUGCCUUGGCCCGAAGGGCAUUUUGCCCUUUUAGUAUCGGUAGUAGGAUGUGUAGUGGCAGAAACUUGGCAUAUCUACAGUUGAAGUUGACACUGGCGCAUCUGCUCUGGCGGUUCGAUCUACGGUUGGCGCCUGAUGAGUCGGGGCGUGGAGGGGGAAGGCCAGGAAUGGGGGUUGGAAGAGAGAGACCGGAUGAAUUUCAAAUGUGGGAUGCACUUGGAUUUGGAAGGGACGGACCAAUGGUUCAGGUUAGGGUUGCACAUGUGUAG